CUCAAGACGGCAGCCCCCCCCGCCCAGCGGCGCGGGCAAUCAUGACCCGGCGGCGCGAUGCUGCUGGAUCCAUCCCCGUGCGUCAUGGGGCCGCACUGGCGCACGUGAGGGACCCCCAGCAGGCGGCGCUGCUGAUGCGGGAGCUGCAAGGCGGCCUGGACCAGGCCUGCAGGACAGGGACCUGCUGCCGUGAAGUCCUGGGCGGCCAGGCCCAGCGGGUCUUGGGGGCUGCCACGGCACUCGUGGCGACCGUGGGUGGCAGCACCCUUGCGCAAGGCCUGGCUCGCCUGCGGGACGACGGCCAGCGGGUGCCACCCCACCUGGUACGCGCCUGGCGCGAGCUGGAUGCAGCCAGCGCCCUCAUCCGCCAUCCUGGCGCGGCGGAGCGCAUCGUCGAGGUCGCGAACUCCUGGCUCAUGCAGGCGGUGCCUGUCAAGUUCGCCGACGAGCCUCACGACGCGGCCUCCGACGAGGCCUUCGCCUCCACAGGGAGCGUGGGCGCAGUGGCUACGACCGACAUCAACGCGGAGAGCGACAUGUGCGACUCGGACCCCGAGGACGAGCUGCAGAAGAGAGUGAACGACAAGAAGGGCGACAAGACCCAGAUGGUGCAGGACAUGAAGAAGAUGAAAGCCGGUUUCGGCUACAAGAGCGAGCAGGACAUGGACGACAGGCUGCUGAAGCUGGAGGUGGCCACGACCGACAUCAACGCGGAGAGCGACAUGUGCGACUCGGACCCCGAGGACGAGCUGCAGAAGGGAGUGAACGACAAGAAGGGCGAGAAGACCCAGAUGGUGCAGGACGUGAAGAAGAUGAAGGCCGCUUUCGGCUACAAGAGCGAGCAGGACAUGGACGACAGGCUGCUCAAGCUGGAGGUGAAGAACGUCGUGGUGACGAACAUCGUCUCCGAGGGGCCUGCGGGGAGCUCCGAGGGGACGGCUGAUCACAGCACCGACGAGCGUUGCAGCCUCGACGGCGACCCGCACGCCGGCGUGAAUGCCAUCGAUCGCGCGCAGCUCGCCGGCACCGUCUGCAGCACGCAGUGUACAGCUACGCCCUCGGACACAGCGAGUCAAUCGAGACUCCUCGAGUACUUGACGAACCACGAGGCCGCCCUCCUCUCUGGGUGCAGCGAGGGCCACGCGGCAGGUGUCCCCCCCCCGCGCCUCGACACCAACGCCCUCGGCAUGUGGAAUACGAUGGGCGUCAUGGAUGAGGCGUCCCUGGAUGAGGCCGCCAACGAGAGCGUCCGCAACAGCAAGCAGAACCCGAUGCAGGGAAUCCAGCAGCCCGACAACUUCGUCCAGCAGUCUGUGGAGCCGACGGCGUACGAGGAGGGCAGCGACGUCAGCCUCUCUAACAGGGCCACCGCGCCCGCGGACCAGCACAACGCCAUCCCGUAUUUCAUGGAGCCGACGGCGCACGAGGACAGCAGCGACGCGCCGAAGGAUGAGACCCAGGUGAGCGAGAUAGUGCAGGUAGCCGUGCAGGCCACGGCAGUCCCCCCCUGGGAGUGCGACGACCCUGAAGAUGACGAAGACAUGAGGGCCCACAAGCGGCGCUUCCGCGCGAGGCUGAAGCGUAGCUGAUGGGCGCGUUUUGGUUUUGGACCCCUGGCCGUUGGGCCGCGCGUGGUGCGAAGAUUGCCGCGCCUCCCCUGGGGCUUUCCUGGCGGCGCCUUGUGGCGCAGUGCAAGCACUCUUCAAGAGUAAAUUGGCCUGGGGAGGGCCUGUCGCAGCGUGCGAGGGAUGUCGCCCCCCUCGGCACGGCUGGCAAAAUUUUGAUGGCCCUCCCCAGGCACCCGUCCCCGCCCGAACGGACUACGUCCGAUUGCUCCAGCUCCAGCUCCUCCUCCUCCUCCUUUCUCCCUCUUCCCGGGUCCAGGGUCAUUGCAAGUUUUUGGUCUUUUCGCCCCGCGGUCGACUUCGAUCGGCGGUGUUUCGGCCACGUUCGCAGGACAGCUUGCUGAGCAGGGCUGCUGCAGGGUCUCGGCGAUAAUUCUGCAUUCGCCAGGUGCGUCGUCUUCCUUGUCCGUGCCCGUGUUGCGGGUUAGCCCCCUUGAGGGGCAGAGGACUAUGCCUUUUGUC